CCAGCUACGUUUGAUGUCAAAGAAUUCCAGAUCUUCGUCCGCUACCUGGAAAAGUGAAUAUUGAAACAUUUUUAAGGCAGUGUCAGGGAGCAGUAGCCUGGACAAGAUGCCAGUGAGUACUUCAGCUCUGAAGCAGAUAGCUGUGGUGGGAGGAAUUAUUUCAUUAGGUGGAGCUGGGUAUUUCUACAAGGCAAUACAAGAUAAUGUAGCAUCAGGAUCGUACUAUUCCAAGUCAGUGGAUAUCCUCAGCAACCACAAAGGUGCUACUGAUGUGCUAGGCUUGCCUAUAAAGACAAAAUUUGUUAAUCUUGGAAACACUUUCAUUGCUAUCUCAGCUCUACAGGCAAAUCUUGCCAUUCCACUGAGGGGUUCAAUAAGGUCUGGUGUGAUGUACACAUGGUCAUCAAGACCAAACACGCAGGAUGACUGGACAGUUCAGAGAAUAGACUUAGAGAUCACAAAGCCUCAGAGGAAAGUCACAAUCUAUACGGCGCCCCCUAGUGCCCCGAGUGACCAGACACAGUCCUUGGAAGGGGAAGAUAGUGCACCACUUUGGGACUUAAGCAACGGCAGCGGGAAUAGAUGACACCAAAUUUUAAUAUUGUGCUAACUAUAUUUAUAACUACAUUGAUAUUUGCAUGUCAGUCUCUAUUAGGCCUACUUGUUUGCAGGCCCAAAACCCUUUUCAGUCAAAAUGCAUAACUGACGGGCUGAGCUAGGAGACUAUCCAGAAACCACAGUUAAACGCCCCUGUAUUGUAGCUACUCUACCAGAGACUGACAGAGCUAGGCUCUACUCAAACUUUUGGAAAUAUGUUUAAAUGUCAUCUGAGAGUCUUUGUUGGCAUGCUACUCUAGUCAACCAUUGGAAGUAGAAUUCAGCUCAUCAUCAGCUAUAGUUUGAAUUGUUAUAGUAUUUUCUUAAAGCCCCACUGCACUACUUAUGCCUACUUGCGCCCUCUAUAUAGUAAACAAUUCAUAAU